UUCCCUCCCUCCUGUCCUCCCCCUCCCUCGCCUCCCGCUCUCUUUGCAGUGCGAGGGCCCGAGUCGAGCUCACGGCAGCUGGAAACAGCGGCCCCCGCCCCGCGCCCCUCCCCAGACUCCGGCUGCCCGCUCGCACUUCGCGCCUCUCGGAAUUCCAGAACUCCGGCGGCGGCCCCUGGAGAGCUGCAGCCGGGGCGAUGCAUUCCGUGGACCUCGCCCAGCCGGGACGGACCUCCUAAUCUCCAGAACUGCGGGCUGCAGGGAGUUAAAUUGCUGCCUUCCUCUCCUUUUCUCUUGCGGUUGGUGGCUUGUUUUCUCAAGGAACGUUUUAUUCACUUUUUAGUAUUUUCUACCGGGGCACGCUCCCCGCCUCGGUCCAGACUCUGCUUUGUAAAUGGGUUUUAUAUGUAUGUAUGUGUAGAUAUACUUUGGACACCUUGCAACGCUUGAGCCUCUCCAACAGGGGCACGGCUUGUUAUUUUGGACAUCCUUCGUCCCCUUCCCCCUGGUACUCCGAACGCAGUGUGACCAAACUCCCCACUGGCCCCUUGGACGCGGAUCGCCUUGGGGAGCAAGUUUGAGGUGCAAACGUCUACUUCGCAGGAAGGUCUGGGACCGCCCCAUCAUCGCCGCCAGCGGUUGGGGAAGUUUACAUCUGGAUUUUCACACGUUUUGUCGCCACUGCCCAGACUCGGACUAACCCUUGGGCGCCGAGUUUUCGGUACUGCAGCCUCUUCAAAUAUUAACACUGCUUCCCCGCGCCUGCCCUGUCCCUCCCGGCCGCCGAGGUCUUGCCCUCGCCCCGGCGGAGCGCGAUCCCGAGGGCGCAUUGGAGCCUGGGGCCCGGGGCCCGCGUUGAGCAGCUAUGGCUGCGGCGAUAGCCAGCUCCUUGAUCCGGCAGAAGCGGCAGGCGAGGGAGUCCAACAGCGACCGGGUGUCGGCCUCCAAACGCCGCUCCAGCCCCAGCAAAGACGGGCGCUCCCUGUGCGAGAGGCACGUUCUCGGGGUGUUCAGCAAAGUGCGCUUCUGCAGCGGCCGCAAGAGGCCGGUGAGGCGGAGACCAGAACCCCAGCUGAAAGGAAUUGUGACAAGGUUAUUCAGCCAGCAGGGAUAUUUCCUGCAGAUGCACCCAGAUGGUACCAUUGACGGGACCAAAGACGAAAACAGCGACUACACCCUGUUUAAUCUGAUUCCCGUGGGCCUGCGCGUGGUGGCCAUCCAAGGGGUGAAGGCCAGCCUCUAUGUGGCCAUGAAUGGCGAAGGCUAUCUGUACAGCUCA